GAACAAGAUAAAAUUAUCUUUGGCAAGGAUUCAUACCAUAUUAGAGUCAAUGAUUUCAACCACAGUCUAAAGAAAUGUAGCUUGCCCAAUGGGCAGGAGGUUUUUGUACGAUCAGUAAUAGGGAUUGUAUCACAGUGGUACACUUUUGGUAGCGGCACCAGACUAGAUGUUGGAAGUAAGUAACAAGCACACUUGAUAUUUCUUUCUGAUUACACUUAUUAAGUAUGUUAUUCUUACACUCUGUCUCUAUGAAAAUAUUGUGAUUCUAGAUUUUCAAAAUGUUUUAAUUGCUUUUGACUGACCCUUCUUUCUAAUACAAUUUUAUUGAAUCGAAAUGUUUUAAUUGUAGGUUUAUUUAUGUCUGAUUUGUAUGAUUGCAGACUAUAACUCUUAAUUCUGGUAUGAUUACUAUUUAAUAGCAUUGGAUAUAGUAGUCAUUAUUGUUGCAUUGAGUUCAUGGUAGCCUUCACUGUUAGUGUGAAGACAAAGGAUCUCAGUUAUGUUUGUAACAGACUUCAUGAUCUACCAUGGUUGAUAUGCGAUUAAAACUCAUCUAUGCUCAGAUUUUGCAAAUACUAUGAAUAUGGGAAGGCUAUUCUGACCAGAUCCAUUCCUAAACAAUAUCUGUAUGACAUGUAUAACUGACACCGUAUGACUAGUAACUCUAGUUAUUUAACCACUUUGGUUCAUAAAUCUGCUUUGUAUCAUAUUACUUUUAAACAAUCUAACUUUUACAUUCAUAUUUAGAAGGCAUUUCCAUUUCACUUUAUUUUGAUGUGUCCUUUGCUGAAGAUAAUCUCUUACUGUAACUGUACUUGAUGUAGUUACUUAGUUGAUGUGUUCUGUUUCUUCCAGGUAACAGUUCCCCCACCCUCACCGUCCUGCCCCCCUCUAGUGAGGAGCUGUCCAGUACAACAACAGCCACACUGACGUGUCUGGCCAACAAGGGCUUCCCCUCAGACUGGACCAUGAGCUGGAAAGUGGACGGGACCAGCAAGAAGCAGGAGGCCAGUCCCGGGGUCCAGGAGAAGGACGGCCUGUACAGCUGGAGCAGCACACUGACUCUCACUGCCCAGGAGUGGACCAAGGCAGGAGAGGUGACCUGUGAAGCGCAGCAGAAAUCCCAGACUCCAGUCACCAAGACCCUGAGGAGGGCUGACUGUUCUGGGUAGGACCCCCCAGUCACACAGCCCUGUGGAGAGAGGAUGCUGGUUCCUCUGCUUUGACUAGCUUUGUUCUAAAAUCAGUAAUUCUCUGAUUUAGAGAUCACCCUGGUGUAGACUAACAGGGGGCUUGGCUUGAAUUAAUGUGUCAAUCCAUUCUGUAGAUUGAGAUUGUGUUAGUUUUAGAUUUGAUGUGAUCUGCUUUUAUUCACUAUCAUGUUUGCUUUGAUGCUUCGAUUGUGUGAAAAUGGAUUAAAAUAAAUAUUUCUUUUUGAAAUGCAUAUUUUUGUUGUUUCUAUUAAUAAACAGUAUCAUAGAUACUGUAUAUUUGUAAUAUUCUGGAAAAAUAUGUAUUCAGUAAGGCUGAUUAAUGGUGUCUUUAAAAACGGUCAAGUCUAAAACUCACUCUAACAUCAUAAUGGACCAGUAUUUCAUACUAUCACAAUAUAUUAUGAUAUAAUAGAAGAGGUUCUGCCAUGGUAGUAGUUGACUGUCUUCAUUCAUCAGGAUACUGAGUCUGUGUCAGACCUGUUUGACUUGACAGACUUUACAGUAAUAAAAGAAGAACUAUCAAACAGUCAACCGAUAUCUUGGACUCUCACGUGUGUUAUAGGCUUUGAUUUGAAGCUAAAAAAAUAAAAAAUAAAAUACAAAUAUUACAAGUGGCACUACUUCAAGAUUUAGCAGCGUUUCCCAUACUCGGUCCUCAAGGGGUGCACAUUUAGAUUUUUGUCCUAACACUACACAGCUGAUUCAAAUGAUCAUAACUUGAUGAUUAGUUGAUUAUUUGAAACAGGUGUGUAGUGCUAGAGCAAAAACCAAAACGUGCACCCCUUGGAGUCCCGAGGACCGAGUUAGGAAAACGCUGCUAUAUAGUGUAGUGACAAUCUUCUCUACCUCCAAUCCCCUGGGGACAGAGUGAACAUCUGGUGACAGUACUGCUCUAUUCUGGGACAAGCAGAACCACCCAGCCCUGUCUAUGUAAAUCUCAGUUUCACUCCCACAGAUACCAGUCUAGUAGUUGAACAGUUUCACUCCCUGAAAUACCCUGGACUGGGCCAGAUGUGAGGGAGUGGACUGGUUUUAACCUCUAAGGUGGAUUCAGGGAGGGACUCAUAACAGAUAUGCUACAAUGUAAUUAAUGACAGAUAAAAUUGAUAUUAUACUUUACGUAGAUAGUGUAUGUAGUGUACAUGUGUCUCAUGUUUGAACCCAGCAUCAUGUCUAAUUCACAGAUAUAACAGUCAGUAACCUGCUCAUGAAAACAGUUAAUAUAAUGCUAGAAGAUCACAAUUUAAAUCACACGUUUGGUUGAGGUCCAUUUUGGAACUUGUUUUGGGGGGCUGAAGUGAUUGUAACUUUGAAGUAAUGUUGAGGUUAGAACACCUUUUGUUUUACAUCUGUAGAUCUUGCUUUACAUAUUGACAGAAAAUGGGUUUCAAAACAUCAAAUACAUGUUAUAUACACUUAAAGGCCAUGACAAAUAUAACAAGUUAUAACGAUGAUGAUGAUGUUAAUGAUGAUGAUGAUGGUCAUGUGAACUGAAUGAUUACCUUUUAACCAAAUUUUCACAUGUCACAGUUGACUUCAUCUAGUGUUCCAUGUCACUGUCUCUUCGCCCUCAGCACCUGCAGUAGGUCCCAGCUGUAGCAGUACAGUCACUGUGCAGUCUGACUGAGGGAGGUUUUUGUACGGCUCUGUAUCACUGUGUGAACACCCAGACACUGUUGGGAUAGUGCCAACUCUGACAGUAGUAAUCUCCUGCAUCUUCAGCCUGGACUCCACUGAUGGUCAGAGUGAAGUCACUCCCAGAUCCACUGCCACUGAAUCUAGAUGGAGUCCCAGACUGAAGUGUUGUAGCAUAGUAAAUAAGGAGUUUAGGAGCUCCUCCAGGUCUCUGUUGGUACCAGGCUAGACGGUUAUUGCUAUAGACAUCACUGCUGGUUUUACAGUUCAGAGAGACUGUCUGUCCUGGGAGAACAGCUUCCACUGCAGGAGUCUGAGUCACAGUGAACUGGCCUCUGGAUUCUGAAACAGAUGUCAUGUAGAAAUAGCAUUCAAUUGUUAAUACAUUUUUCCAUGUAGCAUAUGAAAUUAAACUGUAAUGAGGUUAUAUAGCCUAAUAUUGCAAUUGUCCGGGUAAUUUUCUGUAAAAUAUAUUACCUUGGAGACAGAGGGCAAAUAUCCAGAUGAAGAUGGUGAUAAAAGUCAUGGUUGUUGUGGGUUCUGUUGUCAUGAAGGACAGCUCUCAGUCAUGAAGUGUUAAACUCACAGGGCUAUAAACACUCCCAGACCACUGAAGCAUGUUCUGUCUAUGCAGAGCAUCAUCACUAUGCAAAUAAUCUUCUGGUCUUCUCACCAUCCACCAUUAUUCAGUAAAGUUCCUACAUGUAAGUAGUCUUCCUGGACAGUCAGACUGAUGUGAUGUAGAAACAUGAUAGCUAUGUAAUCACUGAAAUGGUUUCUGAUAUAAGUGCUAAAUGGGGACUGAUAUAAUGACUUUAGACAUCUACAAGUGGAGCAUAUUGUUAUUACUGUGUUAUUAGAGCAGAUAGUAUCUGCUUUCUGUCUCCCUCCAGUGGUCAGGGUUAGUAACUGCAGUCUAUGUGUUGAAUAUGUGAUGCUGCUGAUUGACUGUGCUCUACAGGGGAUAUCUCCAGAGCUCUGACGUCUCCAGUCUCUUGCUUCACAUGCUGCUCUCUGGAACUACCACAGUGGUGUGAGGGAGGCUGUAUGGGUAAUGUUUAAGUGGUAUAUUGUAUGUGUUGGAAUCAUGUUGAUUAAAUUAUAGCUAUUCAAAACACAGUUCAUCUUUAGGGGUUUUGAUCAUUGCACAUCAUCUCUAUUCAGAUUGGUUGAUGUGUCAUUGUACUGGAUCAUAUCCUCCCCUCAGCACCUGCAGUAGGUCCCAGCUGUAGCAGUACAGUCACUGUGCAGUCUGACUGAGGGAGGUUUUUGUAUGGCUCUGUAUCACUGUGUGAAAACAUAUAUACUAUUUGGAUAGUGGAAACUGACAGUAGUAAUCUCCUGCAUCUUCAGCCUGGACUCCACUGAUGGUCAGAGUGAAGUCACUCCCAGAUCCACUACCACUGAAUCUAGAUGGAGUCCCAGACUGAAGUGUUUUAGCAUAGUAAAUAAGGAGUUUACUAGUAUUAUACUCUAUUGUAUUAUACUAGUACUUUAUUACCAUCAGUCCCUAUUGUAUUAUACUAGUACUUCAGUACUAUCAGUCCCUAUUGUACUGUUGACCAUGAUGUCCUUCUGGACAGACUGGAGAGGUGGGUUGGCCUCUCCGGUCCAAUUCUAAAUUGGUUUAGGACCUAAUUAACCGGUCGAGAGUUUUUUGACACCCUUGGUGAACAUAGUUAAAAGAAAAUACAAAUCACAGUUGGCAUUCUACAAGGCUCGAUUUUGGGUCCGUUACUGUUCAGUUUACAUAUGUUACCAUAUGGAACCGUUAUCAGAAAGCACAGCAUUGAUUUUCACUGCUGCGCAGACGAUACUCAACUUUACAUUUCUGUGUCACCAGAGGAUUUCAACUUCAUGGAUAAAUUAUUAGACUGUAUUAGUUAUUUAAAUACUUGGAUGGCUCACAACUUGGGCUCCCGAGUGGUGCAGUGGUCUAAGGCACUGCAUCUCUGUGCUUGAGGCGUCACUACAGAUCCCCUGGUUCGAUUCCAGGCUUAAUCACAACCGGCCGUGAUUGGGAGUCCCAUAGGGCAGUGCACAAUUGGCCCAUCGUCGUCUGGGUUUGGCCUGUGUAGGCUGUCAUUGUAAAUAAGAAUUUGUUCUUAACUGACUUGCCUAGUUAAAUAAAGGUAAAAUGUGUGUUAAUUUUUAUUUAUUUAAAAAUAACUUCCUCCAGCUAAAUCAAGACAAGACAGAGGUACUUAUUGUUGGACCCAAAGCACAGAGAGAGAAUCUAGCCAAACAUUUUAAUUCACGGGCAAUAAAGAUAAAACACUAGGUAAAAAAACCUAGGUGUUAUUUUAGAUUCAGAACAAAAUUUUGAAUCACACAUUAGGAAUGUGACCAAAAUAGCUUUUUACAACCUGAGGAACAUUUCCAAGAUGCGGACGUUUCUCUCUCAGGCUGAUACAGAGAGACUCAUCAAUGCUUUCAUUACAAGCAGGCUUGACUGCUGUGAUGCUCUCCUGUCUGGUCUACCCAUGAAAGCCAUUGGUCAACUGCAAAACAUACAGAAUGAUGCAGCACGGGUACUGAUCAAGACCAGACGUAGAGUACACAUUACAGCGCUUUAAAGAUCUCUGCACUGGCUGCCUGUGAGUUUUAGAAUUAAUUUUAAGAUUGGUUUUUAAAUCAAUCCACGAUUGUCCACCCCAAUACAUGUCAGACUGCUUUUAAGUUAUGUUCCCAGUAUGUCACACCCUGGCUCUGGGACUCUAUAUGUUGAGCCAGGGUGUGUUCAUUCUAUGUGUUCUGUUUCUAUGUUAGGUGUUCUAGGUUGUGUUUUUCUAUGUUUGCCUGUGUGACUCCCAAUCAGAGGCAACGAGUGUCAGCUGUAGGCUGGUUGUCUCUGAUUGGGAGCCAUAUUUAAACUGUAUGUUUUUCCCUUUGGGUUGGUGGGUUUUUGUUCCGUGUUCGGUCAUUGAUACCGUGGACGUCACGAGUCGUGAUUUGUUUUGCAUUUUGACGCUUUAACUAAUUAAAGUCAUGUUUGUUCAUCACGCUGCGCCUUGGUCUACUCCUUACCUCGACCUUGACAGAAAAACCCACCAUGCAACGACCAAGCAGCGUGUCCAGGGGCAGCUCUUGGGCUGGACAUGGGAGGAAGCGUCGGGAGAAGAGACGGUGGAGGCACGCCGUAGAGAGGAGCUACGGCGUGAUCAGGGUCGUCGUCGGACGGUCGUGAGGCAACCCCAGAAAAUUUUUAGGGGGGGGCACACGGCAUGGACGACGGGGCUGACGGAGGAGAAAAGGGGGCGGAUCCAGAAGGCCACCAGGCCAGGGGUACACCGCCCUGUACGUCCUGUGCGGAUGCGUCACACAGAGUGUGUGAGGGUAGGCAUUCAGCCAGGACGGGUGGUGGUCGCUCUUCACUCCAGGCCUCCUAUCUGUCUCCACAGCCCGGUUCGGCCUGUCCCUGCUCCACGCACCAAGCCUACGGUGUGCGUCGCCAGCCCAGUCCGGCCUGUCCCUGCUCCACGCACCAAGCCUACGGUGUGCGUCGACAGCCCAGCCCGGCCUGUCCCUGCUCCACGCACCAAGCCUACGGUGUGCGUCGCCAGCCCAGUCCGGCCUGUCCCUGCUCCACGCACCAAGCCUACGGUGUGCGUCGACAGCCCAGCCCGGCCUGUCCCUGCUCCACGCACCAAGCCUACGGUGUGCGUCGACAACCCAGCCUGGCCUGUCCCUGCUCCACGCACUAAACCUACGGUGCGCGUCGCCAGCCCGGUCCGGCCUGUUCCUGCCACCCGCACCAAGUCUACGGUGCGCGUCGCCAGCCCGACCCGGCCUGUUCCUGCCACUCGCACCAAACCUACGGUGCGCGUCGCCAGCCCGGUCCGGCCUGUUCCUGCCACCCGCACCAAGUCUACGGUGCGCGUCGCCAGCCCGACCCGGCCUGUUCCUGCCACUCGCACCAAACCUACGGUGCGCGUCGCCAGCCCGGUCCGGCCUGUUCCUGCCACUCGCACUAAGCCAGGGGUGCGAGAAGUCAGCCUGGUAAGGCCCGUCCCUCUUCCACGCACCAAGCCAGGGGUGCGAGUCGUCAGCCUGGUAAGGCCCGUCCCUCUUCCACGCACCAAGCCAGGGGUGCGAGUCGUCAGCCUGGUAAGGCCCGUUCCUCUUCCACGCACCAAGCCAGGGGUGCGAGUCGUCAGCCUGGUAAGGCCCGUCCCUCUUCCACGCACCAAGCCAGGGGUGCGAGUCGUCAGCCUGGUAAGGCCCGUUCCUCCUCCACGCACAAAGCCAGGGGUACGAGUCGUCAGCCUGGUAAGGCCCGUUCCUCCUCCACGCACCAAGCCAGGGGUGCGAGUCGACAGCCUGGUAAGGAUCGCUCCUGUUAAGUCCAGUCCUGCUCCAGCCGGCGGGGCCAGACUGGACCAGGGGCACUAUGGGGGGUGUAUUGGAGGGUGGUGGUCAAGGCCGGAGCCAGAACCGCCGCCGAGGAGGUAUGCCCGCCCAGCCCUCCCCUGGUUUGUUUAGUUGAGGCGCGGUCGCAGUCCGCGCCUUUAGGGGGGGGGUACUGUCACACCCUGGCUCUGGGACUCUAUAUGUUGAGCCAGGGUGUGUUCAUUCUAUGUGUUCUGUUUCUAUGUUGGGUGUUCUAGGUUGUGUUUUUCUAUGUUUGCCUGUGUGACUCCCAAUCAGAGGCAACGAGUGUCAGCUGUAGGCUGGUUGUCUCUGAUUGGGAGCCAUAUUUAAAAUGUAUGUUUUCCCUUUGGGUUGGUGGGUUUUUGUUCCGUGUUCGGUCAUUGAUACCGUGGACGUCACGAGUCGUGUUUUGUUUUGCAUUUGCUCUUGACAACACAGAGAGGUUUUUGUACCAGCAGUAAUAGGGAUUGUAUCACUGUGGUGACUUUUGGUAGCGGCACCAGACUAGAUGUUGGAAGUAAGUAAACAACAAAAUUAACUGUUUUAUUCAGCUUUUGAUGUUGUGUUUCAAUAUCUCUAUAAAUCUAGCCUUGAUAUUGAGGAUUUUUUAACAUACUUUUUUUUUACAUGAUUUUGGGGGGAAUAAUACAAAGCCUACACAUAAUAUGGCCAAUUUUAAUUAGUAUGUCAUUACAUCUAAUUAAAUUUGACCUGCCUUUAAACGAUGAGAGUGAUUAGCCUACAUUUGAUUAGGUGUAUGAAUAAACAUACUGUACCUUGUAGGAAAUGUUCAAUAAACAGGUUUUGCAAUUUUGGGGGCAAAACAAAACAAAAAAUACUUCAUUUCAAAUGAACAAGAUAAAAUCAUCUUUGGCAAGUAUUCAUAACAUAUCAGAGUCACUUAUUUAAACCACAGUCCAAAGAAUUUCAGCUUGGCCGAUGUUCAGGAGGUUUUUGUACCAGCAGUAAUAGGGAUUGUAUCACUGUGGGUCACUUUUGGUAGCGGCACCAGACUAGAUGUUGGAAGUAAGUAACAAGCUCACUUGAUAUUUCUUUCUGAUUACACUUAUUAAGUAUGUUAUUCUUACACUCUGUCUCUAUGAGAAUAUUGUGAUUUUAGAUUUUCAAAAUGUUUUAAUUGCUUUUUACUGAGCCUUCUUUCAAAUAACAUUUUUUAAAAUCAAAAUGUUAAAUUGCAGGUUUAUUUGUAUGUCUGAUUUGUAUGAUUGCAGAAUAUAACUCUUAAUUCUGGUAUGAUGACUAUUUAAUAGCAUUGGAUAUAGUAGUCAUUAUUGUUGCAUUAAGUUCAUGGUAGCCUUCACUGUUAGUGUGAAGACAAAGGGUCUCAGUUAUGUUUGUAACAGACUUCAUGAACUAACAUGGUUGAUAUGUGAUUAAAACUAAUCUAUGCUCAAAUUCUGCAAAUACUAUGAAUAUGGCAAGGCUAUUCUGAUCAGAUCCAUUCCUAAAUAAUAUCUGUAUGACAUGUAUAACUGAUGCUGUAUGACUUGUAACUCUACUUAUUUAAUACUUGUUCGGUUCAUUAAUCUGCUUUAUCAUAUUACAGUUUGUGUUUAUCCACAUCUUUUACCAAUCUAACUUUUACAUUCAUAUUUAGAGGGCAUUUCCAAUUCCCUUCAUUGUGAUGUGUACUUUGCUGAAUAUAAUUUCUUACUGUAACUGUACUUGAUGUAGUUACUUAGUUGAUGUGUUCUGUUUGUUCCAGGUAACAGAGUCCCCACCCUCACCGUCCUGCCCCCCUCUAGUGAGGAGCUGUCCAGUACAACAACAGCCACACUGACGUGUCUGGCCAACAAGGGCUUCCCCUCAGACUGGACCAUGAGCUGGAAAGUGGACGGGACCAGCAAGAAGCAGGAGGCCAGUCCCGGGGUCCAGGAGAAGGACGGUCUGUACAGCUGGAGCAGCACACUGACUCUCACUGCCCAGGAGUGGACUAAGGCAGGAGAGGUGACCUGUGAAGCCCAGCAGAAAUCCCAGACUCCAGUCACCAAGACCCUGAGGAGGGCUGACUGUUCUGGGUAGGACCCCUCUGUCACACACCCCUGUGGAGAGAGGAUACUGGUUCCUCUGCUUUGACUUGCUUCGUUUUAAAAUCAGUCGCUCUUCAAUAUAGUGGUCACUCUGGUGUAGACUAACAGGGGGCUUGGCUUGAGUUCAUGUGUCAAUCCAUUCUGUAGAUUGAAAUGUUGUUAGUUUUAGAUUUGAUGUGAUCUGCUUUUAUUCACUAUCAUGUUUGCUUUGAUGCUUCGAUUGUGUGAUAAUGGAUUAAAAUAAAGAUUUCUUUUUGGAAGGUAUAUUUCUGUUGUUUUUAUUAAUAAACUGGAUCAUAGAUACUGUAUAUUUGCAAUAUUCUGGAAAAAUAUGUAUUCAGUAAGGCUGAUUAAUGGUGUCUUUAAAAACUGUCAAGUCUAAAACUCACUCUAACAUCAUAAUGGACCAGUAUUUCAUACUAUCACAAUAUAAUAUGAUAUAAUAGAAGAGGUUCUGCUAUGGUAGUAGUUGACUGUCUUCAUUCAUCAGGAUACUGAGUCUGUGUCAGACGUGUUUGACUUGACAGACUUUAUAGUAAUAAAAUAAGAACUAUCAAACAGUCAACCGAUAUCUUGGACUCUCACAUGUGUUAUAGGCUUUGAUUUGAAGCAAAAAUAAAAAAUUACAAAUUACAAAUAUUACAAGUGGCACUACUUCAAGAUAUAGCAGCGUUUCCCAUACUCGGUCCUCAAGGGGUGCACAUUUAGUUUUUUGUCCUAACACUACACAGCUGAUUCAAAUGAUCAUAACUUGAUGAUUAGUUGAUUAUUUGAAUCAGGUGUGUAGUGCUAGAGCAAAAACCAAAACGUGCACCCCUUGGGGUCCAGAGGACCGAGUUUGGGAAACGCUGUUAUAUAGUGUAGUGACAGUCUUCUCCACCUCCAACCCCCUGGGGACAGAGUGAACAUCUGGUGACAGUUCUGCUCUAUUCUGGGACAAGCAGAACCACCCAGCCCUGUCAAUGUAAAUCUCAGUUUCACUCCCACAGAUACCAGUCUAGCAGUUGAACAGUUUCACUGCCUGAAAUACCCUGGACUGGGCCAGAUGUGAGGGAGUGGACUGGUUUUACUCUAACCUCUAUAGUGGAUUCAGGGAGGGGGACUUUCUUACAAUGAAUAAACCACCAUUUAAUAGAUGACAUAAAAUAUGGGUAUUACUAAAUAUAGGCAUUGACAGUUACUGACAUCACAUUCUAAUUCCUAAUUCUAUGGUUACGAUGUGUGUAAUGUCUAAGCUCAAAAUCUUUUUCCUGAAAGCAGAGGGCAAGUGUCCAGAUAAGGAUGGUGAUAAAAGUCAUGGUUGUUGUGGGUUCUGUUGUCAUGAAGGACAGCUCUCAGUCAUGAAGUGUUAAACUCACAGGGAUAUUAACACUCCCAGACCUCUGAAGCAUGUGCUGGCAAUGCAACGUGUCCUCUCUAACCAAACAGACUUUCAUGGUCCCACAGAGAAACUGUAGUUGAAGAGAUCUUCUUCUUUGGUAUAAUAGUGUUCGCAACAAUUAUGUGUAUUCCGCCACCUACUGUACACGUGGGUAAUAAGGAUCCCAAAAGGAAAAAAAUUUGGGGUAAAAAAUAAAUAAAUACAUAUAUUUUUUAAAAUCCACACAACUAUCUGUAAUGAAAUGUUAAUUAAACUAAAUCAAAACGAAAUGUGUUUUAAUCAGAUCCCUACACAGGCUCAGAAGGAUCCUGUGAUGGCGGGACAUUUCCUGGCGACAAUAGUCCUUGCAGUGCUUCUGCUGUUAAGUCUUCUCAUUUACAUUUACAUUUACAUUUACGUCAUUUAGCAGACGCUCUUAUCCAGAGUGACUGGAUUGGUGCAAAUUGGUGCAUUCACCUUAUAGCCAGUGGGAUAACCACAUAGCCAGUGGGAUAACCACUCGGCUGCAGAUAUAAUGAUGUCCAGCUUCUUAGACACUUGUGCAGUACAAUUAAUAACUGUGGCUAUAAAUGCUACAAAAUACACCUUUUUCACAAUAAGUGUAUCCAGAUUACUUGAUUGAAGUAUAACAUUUGCAACUGGUUGUGGUGCAUCCACCACCAUAUCUUCUUCAGAACUGAGGCCUCUUGCCCCUUCAAUGCUCUUCACCACCUCCACAUAGGAGAUUUGCUGUACAGCCCUGAUCCUUGACACCUCAACCUCUUUCACCCUAACAGAACACUCAGGGUAUUCAGAAUUAUGAUCCCCGCCACAGUUGAAACAUUUUACAUUCACAGACUCUUCAAUAACAUAUUCCUUCCAUCUGCAAACACUUGACACAUGGCCAAACGUUUUACACUUUUUGCAUUGCUUCGGGUUUUGCACGAAUGCUCUUACAGCGUAUCUUAUAUCCCAACUUUACAUAGGGUGGUAAAUACUCAUCAAACAUCAAUAAUACAGAUAAACUUUGCUCCUUUUUCCCAUUCUCCAUACGGGUCAAGCGACGUGCAUUAACUACUCCUGGAAUUUUUUGCCUAAGAUAUUGAUUAUCAAUGUCCAACGGGACGCCAGAAAUAACACCUUUUACUGGUUUCCUGCUCCGAAAACCAAAGCUGUUCAUUUCAUGCGUUGAUAUUUUCGCGAGCUACAAUGCACAUUCCUUUUGCUCUUUAGAUACACACCAUAUCAACACCAUACCACUCCUGGUUACUAUGAUAUCAACACCAUACCACUCCUGGUUACUUUGACUGCAUCCACAUUUCCAAAUGCCUUCUUCACCAUCCUCUGACUUCAAAAGGGUUUCCCAAAUAAACAUCUUUAUCCAAAAAAUGUACUCCAACAAGGAACUGUCACACCCUGACGUAUGAAACUCUAGUAUGUUGAGUCAGGGUGUGGAGUUCUAUGUUGUAUUUUCUAUGUUCUCAGUCUAGGUGUUGUAUUUCUAUGUUUGGCCGGGUGUGAUUCCCAAUCAGACAGCUGUCGCUCGUUGUCUCUGAUUGGCUCUGAUUGGGGAUCAUACUUAGGCAGCCUGUUUACAAUCAUUAGUUGUGGGUUCUUGUUCCGUGUUAGAGGCUUGUAUUGUGUUUAGCCUUAGGACUUCACGUUUCGUUGGUUUGUUGUUUUGUUCGUGUGUUUAUCGGUGAAAUAAACAUGUAUGCCUUUCACGCUGCGCCUUGGUCUGACCCGUCCUUAAACGAACGUGACAGGAACGAUUCAUCAGACUCAUUUUCCACAACAAUUUUAGCCCUUUCUGUUCCAUUCUUGGACUUCACUAUUGUCCACUCAUCUUUCUCACUAACUGUACUCAACACGCUUUCAGCUUCAAAUGACACUACUUCUUCUUCCACCAUCUCUCCCCUCGUUGAAGAGAUGUGUGAGCAGCUGACCUUUAAAAAGGUUGAGAGCUGAUUGUCCAGCCAAUCAUGGCCUUGAUUGGUAAAUGAGCCUCAGCUAGAAUCAAUUAAAGACUAUGAAGGUGCUGGAAGAUAGCAGGGCGUGGCAGGAAUGAGGUGUUGUACUAACGAUCAGGUGUUUAAGAAAUAUAUAAUUGAUUUAGAGAUUAAACCUGAUGUGGCUUAGACCACAUCUUGAUUAUUCCUGGUUAUUGUUCAAUCAGAUCCGAUAGAUCAACUGGACAGGGUGGUAUUUGUACUAUGUUCAUAAGAGAAGGUCUUGUAUAUCGUAAUAUACCUGUCCCAUCUGAAUAUGAAUGUGUGAUGGUGGAAAUAUACAUUGCAGGUAGUAAUAUUAAGUUGCACAAUUUUUACAACUGUCUGUAGCGAUGUUUGAUGAAAUAUCAGGAGAAAUGGGCUCUAGAGAGAUAUGGUGCGCAACUUUAAUGCACAUAAUAGUUUAUGGGGAAGCACACAUACUGAUGCUGAUGGUACUAUUGUGGAAGAUAUGAUGGAAACAAGAGCAUAUGUCUUAACGAUGGAUGUAGUACAAGAGUUUAUGUUGUUAGAGGGGUUACAUCCUGCCUGGACCUCGCUGGCUUCUAACUCUAUUGCAUCUAUGUGUGAAUGGAAUGGAUGAUUCUACUGUUGGAAGUGGUAAUUUUCCAAUUUCGUGUACCAUGAACUUUGAUGUUACUACUCCAGAUAGGGUACCGUUCAGAUGAUGGUGCUUUCAUAAUGCAGACUGGGAAAAUUUGGUGAUCAUUGCUUAAAUGUUGGACAGUUGUCUUUAGAGAGGCUGGUUGAUGUAUGUGCUUUCUCUGUGACAUCACUGAUUUUGAGUGCUACAAAUGUGUAUGUACCAGAGAGUGAAGUGGGUGAGAAAAGGAAGGUGUUUCCAUGGUGGACUGAAGAGUGCACUGCGGCUAUUAGAGAAAGAAAUAGGGCUUACAGAGUGUUGCGUAGGAAUAUGACUCCUGAGAAUCUAAUUGAUUUCCAAAGGAAGAGAGCUUUAGUACGUAGGGUCAUUAAGUCUGUCAAGAGAAAUGCAUGGAGGCAGUUCUGCUCUACAAUAGGCAGGGGUACUGAGCUGGGGGAUGUAUGGUCUAUGUUGAAGAAGAUGACCGGAAGAAGCAAGUCCACUCGAAUUCCAGUUUUGGUUGUGGGUCAAAAAAUGAUAAAGAAAAAGCUGACUUGUUAGGGAAGACAUUUACUAGUGUACAUAGUGGGGUUACUUUGGAUGAAGUAUAAAAGCAACGUAGGUGUGAGAUUUGAAAUGCUCAUGUUAAUGUGUAUAAGAAAGGGAUACUGUUGACUCUUCUUUGGAUGCUGAUUUUACCAUACAUGACAUACGUUCAGCCUUAAUAGGCUGUGGAUAUACAACCCCAGGUCAUGAUCGGGCUCCUGAGUGGCGCAGUGGUCUAAGGCACUGCAUCGCAGUGCUAACUGUGCCACUAGAGAUCCUGGUUCGAAUCCAGGCUCUGUCGCAGCCGGCCGCGACCGGGAGACUCAUGGGUGGCGCACAAUUGGUCCAGGGUAGGGGAGGGAAUGGCCGGCAGGGAUGUAGCUCAGUUGAUAGAUCAUGGCGUUUGCAACGCCAUGGUUGUGGGUUCGAUUCCCACGGGGGGCCAGUAUAAAAAAAUAUGUAUUCACUAACUGUAAGUCGCUCUGGAUAAGAGCGUCUGCUAAAUGACUAAAAUGUAAAUGUAAAUGAUCAGUUGUGCUUUGUAAUGUUUAAGCAUAUACCUGAUGAGGUAAUGCAGUGUAUCUGUUUACUGCAUGUCUUUGUAGAAUUAGGGGCAGUUUGCCAGACACAUUAAGCUUAGUCCUGCACUGAAAAGCAAACUCAAUUGGAUAAUCUUCAUUGAAAGAGCUUUUAGUCUAGGACAAUGCUUCAUCUGUGUCCAGUAAACCCCCUCCUAGUGUUUUGUUGCUCUUGGUGUGCUAAACUGUAGAGCAUGAAUGUAACAUACAUUUAUCUGAUGAAUUGUUUUGUCUAGAAUUGUUUUCAGAGUUUAUUUUUGCCUUUAUCUUUAUAGAUGAAGUGUUUUGUUGUUGUCGGUAGUUCUCAGUACUGUAGCUAGUUGUUUAUCCUGUGUGUAUUCUCUCCUCUCCUCUCCUCUCCUCUCCUCUCCUCUCCUCUCCUCUCCUCUCCUCUCCUCUCCUCUCCUCUCCUCUCCUCUCCUCUCCUCUCCUCUCCUCUCCUAAUAUAUUCCAUUCUACAAUAGUAGUAGUAGCUGACUCUCCUCUAUCAUCUCUCCUCUUCUCCAGCUCUUCCCUCUGUCAGGCACACAGUGUCUCUGCUCCCUCCUGUCCUCUGAGUAACUCUCUGGGUGCUCGGCCAAACUGGCCUGCCUGCUGAGUGUCUACUCCCCCCUGGGGGCGAUGGUGAGCUGGGAGGUGGACGGGGCGGAGGUCAAGGAUGGGGUCCUGACCACCACAGAAGAAGAGAAGGGUGGCCACUUCAGCCGCAGUAGCACCCUGACCCUGAGCAAGGCACGCUGGGAAGAUGGAGAGGUGUACACCUGCACGACGACGACACCAGUGAUUCAGCCGCCUUCAGGAAAAGUCAAUAUAGUGUCUAGAGACCGGAGAAGCAAUUGUAGGAUUCUAGAGAAUACCCACAUGGUGCUAGUUCUGGAAACAUUAGUGUUUUAGAGCUGAAUGUUACAGUAUAAUAGUGAAUAAUAUCAGUAGUACUGUGUGCUAAAUGAAGUAUUUUGAGAUUAUGUUGUACAUGUCUUCUUGCCUCUGAGUUCAUAUAAAGCUUGUUUUGAUUAGAAAAUAACCCAAUAA